AUGGACGACGAUCGUGCUCAUCCAAAACACAACGCCAGCCGCUUCCCCGUCGAAGUCUGCGAGAAUAUAAUCGACAUGCUUUAUUCGUUCUUUGUCGUGGACCGAGUUGAAGAUUCUCGUACCCUGCAUAACUGCGCCCUCGUGUGCAGAGCUUGGCGUGUCCGCUCCCAGCGUAACCUCUUCUACUCAGUUGUUCUCCACGACCUCCCAGCACUCCAGAAGUUCUCCGCGGUCCUCGACAACAGGCCUCACCUGUGUGACUAUGUCCAUGAAGUGACAAUUCUCGGGGGCACCCUCUAUACCACAGCCAGUCCUCUCUCGCUCUUGCCCAUCGCCCUCCGUGAGAAGCUUCCCAGACUCCAAAAGCUCACUGUCGUGCGCAAAGGCGAUGACUGGUACGCUGAAACGGCUAAACCGGGCACCGUGAAGAGCUUACGAUACCUUCCUCUGCAUCACCGUUUCAAGCUCUUUCUCUCUGCAUUCACGACUGUUCCUCACCUCAACAUCUUCAAUGUUACAUUCCGGUACUUCAGCGACUUGGCCAGGAUGAUCAACUCCCUUCCAGCGUUGCGAAUACUCAUUUGCGGCGGCGUGCGGUGCAUGUCCCUCGGCCCGAUGCCAUUGAAUAUGAAACCGCGAGCCGAUGGGAUCCAUACUCCUGCGCCGCCAUUUGCACCAAACCUGCCGGAGCUGCGCCUGUCACUCGACAAAAUCAAGGCGAUGCUCAACUCGCCAAUGCAUCCAACUCGUUAA